UUUCUGCCACCGUUUUCCGCCAAGGAUACCGCCACAUUGAGGAUCGAAUUCGACGCACAGACUAAAGAUCGACGAUCCAUUCCAUCUACCGCCUUCUUCCUCCUUCCAUCCUCUAUCUCUACAUGUUUUGACAAACAACAACGACUACCAAUCCACGAUCCUCGUAUGGCAUAUCAAUGACGUCAAAUCCACGAUCCAAGAGAUCUACUUCAUUCAUUUUUAUGUUCGAUUGCAAUAAUAAACCGUUGAAUCGCAUUUGUGGAUCACUUCUAUCUGGCGAGGAUCUUAUACCGCCAAUGCCUUCUUUUCCAAUUGCACCUCUGACCGCCACAAACUACACAAACACUGUUACAUAUGGCUCCAACCUCCACAGUUCCCACCUAUAUAUCGAUUAUCAAAGAUCUCCUUGUUCCGCUCACCAUCUGUUCGAUGAAAUGCCUAAGAGGGUUUUGGGUUCUUUUGAGCUCAGAAGAAGUGACAUCACAUGGAGCUCAUUCUUUUGCGAAAAUUAUCCCCCUUACCUUGAACCAAUGUUUCUUGCUCAUAUCAACUGGUUCUUUAUCCCACUUCUUCUUAGAUCACCUGUUUGA